CGAGUCGUCGUGCCGCAAGGCUCAAAAGAGCCGCUUGUAAACGUUUUUUUUUUUAUUUGCAAAGGUUUCCCCGCAAGAGAGCGAGCGGAAAGUGUUUUGGCCAAAAUAAGGUGGAAGGUGCCUGGCUGAAUCUCCCAACUCAACCAGUCUGGCCACAUUGAGCUGGGAAAUUGACACUCGAGUGGGUGUGGCGCCAGACGAAAAAUACAGUCUUUCUGUCGCUCGCGCUCCAAACACAUCCUGAUUUCCCCACUUUGCCGACGAGCUUCAAGAAGAGCGACUGACAUCCUCGAGGGCCGCGUGGAUGCCAGACACGAAUCCUUCGAAUUAAGGUCAACAAAACUAUUCGUUUUGGAGUGGGUGAAAACAACAAGAGCAGCAGCAACACAUUGAAAGCCGCGACUGUACAGAAUGUCACCUUGUGGAUGUGAUUAAAAUCUUGCCCCGUUUCAUUCCUAAACGGUUCCCUUCAUCCUAAUCAGAUUGAAAGAUGUCUUUAUACAGUAGUCUGCUGUCGAGUGAGCAGUUCCAGUGCUCCAUCUGCUUGGACAUAUUUAACAACCCGUCUUCCACGCCGUGCGGCCACAGCUUCUGCGUCGCCUGCAUUAAUCAAUACUGGGACGGAGCCAAACUGUGCCAAUGUCCGCUAUGCAAAAAGACCUUCCAGAAGCGUCCGGACCUCCAGAUCAACAGGACCCUGCGCGAGAUCACCGAGCAGUUCAGGUCCAUGUCUGGCGGCGGGACAGGGGAAGGAAGCCUCGCCAGGGACAAGAAGGCAGGAAAGGGGCGAGAGUGCGCCAUGCCGAAUGAUCUGCUGGAUGAAUUGACCAGGAAACUGCCGCGACCUCACGCCGGUGCGACGGCGACCGGCUCGGAGCAAGCCUUAGGACUGUUGUCUGAAAAUCGAGGUGGGACCCCCGUGGCCACGGCUUUGCUGGCGUCUUCGGUCCCCAAUCAGAGUCUGCUCUCUGCGGCGGUUGUCGACGGCGGGCCCCCUCAAUCUUCUGCCGGCUCGUCUGAGUCGUCCGGUCGAAGGAGGUUCACCGUGACCGGGGCGGCGAGCAGCCACAACCUUCCUCUCUGCGACAUUCACCACAGGGGGAUCAUGAUUUUCUGUCGCACCGACGGCGAGUGCAUCUGUCCCGACUGUGAGGCCGAGAUGCAUUUUGAUCACGACACGGUGACGGUGGAAGCUGCGUGGACCGAAAAGCAGGCCCAGCUCAAGGAGACAGAGCAGCAGACCCGGGAGAUGAUCCAACAAAGACUCCUGAAGAUGGAAGAGAUCCGAAGCACAGUGUCCAACCUGGAGCUGGUGGUGGAGAGGGCGACGACGGCGAGCGUGUGCAUGUUCUCGGCGCUGGUGGCGGCCGUCGAGCGGGCGCAGGCGGACCUCAUCGAUGCCAUGGAGGCCAACAGGCGCGCGGCGGAGAGCCAAGCGGACGUCGUGAUAGGGCAGCUGGAACUGGAGGUGGAAGAGCUACGGCGGCGGGAGAGAGUUGUCGCCCAACUCUCCUCCUCGGACGACCACCUGCAGGGCAUCAAGAAUUUGGCCUCCAUCCCCACUCCACCAACCAAAGACUGGUCGGGUGUUUCUGUGAGCUGCGACCUGGGGAUCGGCGCCAUCUACAGGUCGCUGGCAGGUGAGGUGGAGAAGUUCCAGGAGCAGCUGAGGGGCAUCACGGAGACGGGUUUCACGGCCUCCUCACCGGAGACGGGUGUGGCACGUCCGCUGCCGAGGAUGAGAAGAGUGCAGGAGUACGCAGGUACGUCGAGCAAGCGGCGCCGGCGCCGCCGCGUACCCGCCCCGCGCCUAACUUUCUCGCCGCCCGCAGCGGACGUCACUCUGGACUGCAACACGGCCCAUCCCAGACUGGUCCUGUCCGACGACAUGAAAAGCGUGCGUUGCAGCGACCGGCACCAGCUGUUUCCGGACAACGUGGAGCGCUUCGACCGGGUGGUGUGCGUCUUGGGCAGGGAGGCCAUCUCCUCAGGACGGCACUACUGGGAGGUCCAAGUGGGGGGGAAGACCGACUGGGAUCUGGGCGUGGCCAAACAAUCCAUCAACAGGAAGGGCAAGAUUGAGGUGACGCCAAAUAACGGUUACUGGUUCCUCAGCUUGAGAGACAAGAACAAGUACGCCUGUCGCACCGAGCCCUCCACCGACGUCCACCUCAAUCUCCGACCCAACAAGAUCGGAAUAUUUGUCGACUUUGAGCGUGGACAGGUUUCCUUCUACAACGUCGACGCCAAAAUCCACAUCUACACGUUCAACGACACGUUCACGGAGUGCAUCUUCCCGUUCUUCAGCCCCUGCACCAACAAGUCGGGAAAGAACGACGGGCCGCUCAUCAUCACGCCCGUGGCCACGUCGGAAUGAGCAAAGGCAACGCGUGACGUUCGCUCGACCAUUUACUUUCAUUCUUUUGCUGCCUUUCUUAGAUCGAUUAAAACGGCGUCUCAUUUG